UGAGGCUUCUAAAAGCUCUUUGGUGAAACAAAGACUUACUUGUUACCUGUAAAUACGAGACCAUUCGCGACAGCGUGUUUUUUUUUUUCUUUGGUUCCGCAUCAGCCGCAACUCUCGAUUAUAUGAGGAAUGAAAUGUUUAGAAGCAGGUAAAAAUCUUCCAUCAACGUCGCGCGUAGCUUGUCAGCAAUCGUAUUCUCUCAACCGAGGUUCGAAUAAAAGAGAGAAUCCCCCAUCUUCUCGUUUUACAACUACCUAAGUAGAUCAAUAUCCGGAACUUGUACCAAUACCACGAUUUUUUACCUCCUCCAAACUCCGGGACAGGAAGCAAACAACGACUCGGGCUGCAUUGCCCGCCCGACCGAUCUCAAUUGUAUUAUUCGUCCCCCCACCCAUCGUCGCUUUCCACCAAAACAACGCCUUGGACAUCCUUAAUAAUUAAACGAGGCUUGGUUGUUCUUUGCCGGACACGAUACGGUCCUUCAUGGCUUGCAGGUCGACCGGAAGAUGAACUCCCUUAAUAUAAUAUCCGCGCGCGUCUCUCCGACCUCAAGUAAUCCACCUUCGCGAUCAAACUCCUUAAGUCAUAUCGGUUUAGCCGUCGCCCAGGCCGAUGAUAACAUAACCCCCUCAGAUGAGACGUCGCCCGGCGAUAAAAGCGCGGGUACGUCCGAAUCUAACGAGAGCCCAUUCAACAACGACGGCGACAUAGGCACUUUUCAAAGCGUGGAUGAGAAGACGCCAUUAUUAGAGAGACACGAUGUCAGGGAGGCGAAUAUCCGAUCUUAUUCAUGGCACGUCAUUCCAGGGCGCAUAGCAAGUAACUUCGUCAACUCCAUCCGCUGGGUGUUAUCUACGAUUGCCGCGCCUGGAGUUUACUUCGUUGCUUGCUUUUACGACGAACAAGGAAACUUUGCGCCCUUGCGACAACUCAGGAGUCUAUUCGGUAUAUAUGGGGCAGAUAAGCGCAAACUUGCAGCUGACUUCCACGAGAAUAUCGCGGUAGAUAGUGAAAAGGAAGCCUUGUCUGAACAUCCUGGCCAGACCGUCAGGGGCUUAUAUGCAUUCCCUGCGUCUCGACCGGUACUCUCUUCAGGAACUUCAUCCUCUGGCAUAUCAUCUGAUUCGGAAUCGGAUACGGGUAGCAGACCACAGGGUGCUCGUCGCGGCUCCGGUUCCUCCGGUCGUCAUGCGCGAUCCAAAUCAUUUGAUCCUACAGACGGAACAGCUCCGAGGAGAUCGAUACGGAUUAAGCUCAACAAUGACGAAGCCAUGCGACAGCGAAAGCACAAGAAGUCCCGUUCCGUGAGCGCGCCCACCGCCGCCGGCAGUGGUGAAGCCUCAGCAGAUCUAUCAGCCCAGCUCAAGUCUCCUACCUCACCUAUCAGUGCUCUAACGAGAUAUCCGAAGACUCCUGCGCCUCCCAGGCCGUUAAUACCCCAGCGACAGCCUUCCUAUAUUCCAUUUGAACCCCUCGACCCCAAGCACCUAAAGACGUUGAUACUGGAUCUGGACGAGACGCUGAUACACAGUAUGUCGAAAGGGGGUCGAAUGGGAUCAGGACACAUGGUCGAAGUGCGGUUGAACACGACAUACGUCGGAAGUGGGGGUCAGCAAGCUCUUGGACCUCAGCACCCCAUUCUGUACUAUGUUCAUAAGCGACCGUACUGCGACGAAUUUCUCCGAAAGGUUUGCAAAUGGUUCAAUCUCGUUGUCUUCACGGCAUCGGUGCAAGAAUAUGCUGAUCCGGUUAUCGACUGGUUGGAAUCCGAGAGGAAGUUCUUUUCUGGAAGAUACUACCGGCAACACUGCACAUUCAGGCACGGCGCGUUCAUCAAGGAUCUUAGCUCUAUAGAACCAGACCUGAGCAAGGUCAUGAUUCUGGACAACAGUCCGCUAAGCUACAUGUUCCAUCAAGACAACGCGAUUCCCAUACAAGGAUGGAUCACUGAUCCCACAGAUAAUGAUUUACUGCAUUUGGUACCUCUUCUAGAAGGAUUGCAAUAUGUUUCGGAUGUCAGAGCAUUGCUUGCAUUAAGGGGUGGAGAGGACGGACAGCAUAUGAUGACGUGAAGAGAAUAAAUCAAAGCCCUUGGAAGAUAAAAUACAUAGCGGGUGUUAAUUGGUACUGACUGGUGUGAGGGAAUUGAUACACCGCGGGUUAGCAUUCUUGGAGCUUCCUAC